GGUUGUGGUAAAAUAAAAGACGAUUGAGUCAUGUCAUACAACAUUGACCGAUCGUAAAUCUGAAACCGACUAACGAAUGCACUAAGUUUCCUCUGAAACUUUCCCCGUUUAGCUUUCGGUGCAGGUAUAACAGGAGCCGAGAUCCCUGUAUCGAGAAGUGAAUCCAGGAAACUCUGUAUAGUGCAUUUAGCAAAUUUAAGUUUACGUCUAACAUAGAUUUCAACUAAUUCUAGUAAUUUCUUAUCCAAUAGAUAUCGACUUAGCUUAAGAAGAACCCUGUACAUGAAUAAUUUAAUCUUUGUAAAAAAUGUUCUCUCCAUUUAAUUCAUCCUUAUCAUUGUUGCUGCACACGCGACACAUCACCGCUUACAUCCACAUAUAAAGCAGUCCAGUUAUUCAGAAUUCAGACAAAAUUAGUUACCCGCAAGCCAUCGAGUUGUACCGUUUGUUUCUCUGUAGCGUGUGUGAUUUGUAGAUGAAAAAUGGCUCCCAGCUAUAAAGUAACAUACUUUGAUCUCAAUGCUCUAGGGGAACCUAUCAGAGUAUUGCUGAGCUAUGGAAGUUUGGAAUUUGAAGAUGUUAGGAUCAAAUACAAGGACUGGCCCGACCUUAAACCAAAAAUGCCCUAUGGCCAACUGCCAAUUCUGGAAUGCGACGGCAAAGUGGCACACCAACACAUUGCUAUUUGCAGAUAUUUGGCGAAAAAGGUGAAACUCACCGGCAAAGACGACUGGGAAGAUUUGACAAUCGAUGCAACAGUUGAAACUGUCAAUGAUUUACGUAUUAAGGUGGCACAGUUUUAUUACGAGCAUGAUGGAACCUUGAGGAAAAAAUUACAAGAAACCCUCAUGAAUGAGACUAUUCCGUACUACAUAGGAAAACUUGAAGCUCAAGCUAAGGAAAAUGGAGGAUACCUGGCUCUGCCAAAGCUAACUUGGGCCGAUGUAUACUUCACCAGCCUCAUAGAUUACAUAAACGUCUUGGUUGAUAAUGAUAUAAUCGCAAAGGCUCCUAAUCUACAAGCUGUUAAAAACAAAGUCUGGUCUGUACCUAAUAUUAAAAAAUGGAUGGACAAGAGACCUCAGACUUUCAAACUUGCCGAUUUCCCUCCACCACCUAAGUAGGUUUAUUUUUAAGUAUCUUUAUUUCGUACAAUAAUCACAAAAAAUAAAAAACGUUUUAAUUAUUGGUAGUUUACUAUUGAAAUACCUGUCUACACAAUGUUUCUUUUGAGAAAAGUAUAUAAAAAUGUAUGCGUCUCGUGAAUUCUUUCAUACCCGUUUUACAUUGACAAUAAGUCCACGGGCUUCUUCAUGAAUUGCGUGCAUGGCCAAAUUUCAAAAGUGUAAAACAGGAAUUUGACGUCAAUUAAAUCCAAUCUCCCAUCUUCGUGGAUUUCUUCACGAAAUUAAAACUUGUUCCAAUUUUUGACAAGCUGGACGUCAAAUUCCACAGUGCCAACCAUUGUUUUCCUCUCCAUUAUACUGAACAACUUUUCAAUUCUAGUACAGAACUUUGAUAGAACUACAGUAUUCAACCAUAUGGUGUCUGUUUAUGAGCUUCGCCUCAAAAUCAACACCACAAUAGACAUAAAAGCUCAAAAUGUUUCUAACAAGAACUUGUUGUGUGGUCGGUAGCACUGAGUACUGACAGCUAAUCCGUGAAUUUGUGCAUUGAUGUAAACAUAACAUAAUCAGUAUGACCUUGAAGAAAUCGAUCUGAAUAAAUUCGUGAAGAAAUUGUUGAUGUAAAAAGGAUAUAAG